CAUCCUACGAUUACUUUUCUGGUAUAUAAUUCGUUCUUCCUUCUCAAUUACCAACCGUUCUGCGCGGAGCCAUUUCACCCAUCCAUCACCUUUCUGCGGUUCUGAAUCGUUAAUAGCUUACUCUUUCUCUUGUUCUUCUUCAAAUCCUGCAAAUAUCUAUUCCAUUCAUGGCUAUUGGGUCCAGAUUUCUAGCAGAAAGGGGAUUCCUGAUCGUACUGUUAAUGCUCCGAUCAUGCGAUGGUCUGGGUUCCGCGGGAAAUCCAAAGGCAAUUUCUGAUCUACAGGAUGCUAUCGUGAAGGCAUUAGGGUUUCAAUCCAGUGACUUGAAGAUUUCCGAUUUUGAUAUAAGCGACGCGUUGGUUGGUCAUUCUGUAGCGUACGAAUUCGAUAUUGAGAUCGACAAGAAGAUUCUUCCUCUUAAGCUUCUCGAGGACGUUAAUCGAUGGGAAUAUGUGGAUCUGCCUAUCUUUCGUACCGAAGACGAUCCUUUGGUAUCUGGUGACGGUAGCAGCUUGGUUAAGAGUCGGCGGAGAACGGACGAUCCUGUGUCGCCGGUUUUGGCUCCCUUUCAGUUGGCUGGACCUAUGGAGCUCUGGAUUCAAGACGCUAAAGAUAUGAGGAUUUCGUUGCCGCAUGAUGUCGAGGCCGGCGUAUUGAAGAAGGUCGUCCUAGCAGAUGGUGCAGUGGUGACGGUUAAGGGUGCCAGAUCCGUAAGCUUGCGCCACCCUCUCGACCUCCCACUUCCAUUGAACCAAUCUCAGGGGAACUUCGCUUCUGGUCUCCUAACCCUAGCCAAUCGUCUCCGUCAGGCCUCGCGCACGCAGGGAGCCCAGCCCCUGUCGCUCCGCAUAGUAGGUCCAACAUCACUAACCUCAUCGCCCUCUUCGUCCUCCGAUAGAAAACUCAAGCUCAAGCGUCUUGCGCCGGGCCUGGUGGAGCUAUCUUCAUCUUCCAGAACCAAUGCCGUUCCCACCAUUGACGGAGAAGCAAGCGUGCCAACGACGCUUCUGACACCCGAACGAUUCACCACAAUGUGGCCUCUCGCGUCCAUCAAUGGGUCGAACCCAAACUUGCUAGGAUUUGAGGCGCUGCUUCUAUCUGUGCUGGGUGAGAAAGCCAACGAGGAAGGGUCAUUUAAGUUGUUGAAGGCAGAGGUGUCCGCCCAGACUUUCGUGAAGCUGGGCUUUGGAGUAGAGAAGGCGCUGAAGGAAGGCGAAGAAGAAUUCAAUUGGGAAGCCUUCCCAGAAUGGCGGACGAAGCCAGAGUCAGUGAAGAUGCGGUUUGAGGUGUUGGCUAAGGUGGAUGGGGAAAAGGUUGUGCCCGAGAGGGUGGUGCCCGUUAAACCCUUCGAAAUCGAAGACACUACUGCGGCUAAUGUGCUCACUGGAAACGUCACCUUGUCCAGUGCACCGGUCGUUCAGCCUCCUUCAGAUCCCUUCACCUUAUAAAUGCAUUUUGAGAGGUUCAGGGAAGUCAGUAGUGUAAAGAUAGAACAUUCUUCCUUCAUCAGUCUGUGUUAGUGGGUAGUGAAAUUGCCUGCUGCUAACUGCGAAGAUAUCAAUGUAUGGUGAGAAAAAAAAAAAAUGGUUUAAGAGAUUUGAGAAAUUUAUUCGAGUCCUACCCAAAUUUCCAUUUGAAUUUUUUAUUUUAUUUUAUUUUACUAUUAUUAUUAUUAUUUUUUAAAUACCAACAGAGCCUUCCUAUUGUUUUGUCAAAACUCUAUUGCUUGGAGACUUGGGCUUUAUUGGUAACAACUUCUAAUGUGUUCUAGUAGACACCUGGUAUUGGUGUUCAUUUCUA